CGUAUUGUUGCUUAUGACGUCAGACAGGGCGUCGCCUAGGAACCGCCUUCCUUGUUUUUAAAUGAUACUGCACUAUAAAGAAAUAAGGGAAGACUCGACCCCCAAAUACUUGUAACAUACACGGUAAAUGAAUUACUUUUUUUUUUCUUAACAAGUGAAUUCCCCAUAAAAUCGAAUCUCUUUUUUUUUGGAAAUUGAGUCGCACAUUGAGAACCGGCCAGAAUGCGAGAAGUGAUCUCGAUUCAUCUAGGGCAGGCCGGGGUUCAAAUCGGCAAUGCUUGUUGGGAGCUCUACUGCUUGGAGCACGGGAUUCAGCCGGACGGACAGAUGCCUUCAGACAAGACGAUCGGUGGAGGGGACGACUCGUUCAACACGUUUUUCAGCGAGACGGGGUCAGGGAAGCACGUGCCGCGCGCGGCCUUCCUGGACCUGGAGCCGACGGUGGUGGAUGAGGUGAGGACAGGGACCUACAGACAAUUAUUUCACCCGGAACAGCUCAUAUCGGGUAAGUGGACUUCCAGUUAACCCUUAUCGUGUAUGUAUUGUUACUGUCAGAAAGCCUUCUAGGCAGAAGCAUUUCACCAGAUGGCGCUGUUGGUGAAUGUUUACAUCGAAAUGAUAUAAUUUCGUAUAAUUCCUUAUUUCAUUGUUAUUAAUAGUAUUAUUGGUACACGAGGAUGGGUUCUGACCAAAGUAAACCAAUGAAACAAACGUGUUGGCUUCUCCUGGCGUGGACAUGUCUACCGGAUGUUGAGUUCAUUGACGUGGUUGUCUCAGGUACUUGAUGGAUUCAUUUCCUGGAUGGCGGCAUUAGGACAUUAGCUAACAGCUAUGUGUUGAAUAGGCUAGGGUGUUCUUAAACGGUUUGGAAAGAUGGAAUCCAAGGGGAAACUUCUUGACCAAUACUACAUUGUAGAUGGUACCAUCUUUGUGAUAUCCUUGCCUUUACAUUUGAAUCUGAUCAAAAAUAAGGUUUACACUUUUCAUUAGCUUUGGGGGAAAGUGGUUUUGGGGGGAGGGGGGGGCGGGGGAGACACGCUUCGGGGUUUUUUUGGUGAACGUGUUUUAAAAAGCUCUUUGCAUUCAUGUUUGAUCUUGUUUUUAAAACAUUUGCCAGACCGAAUCCAAUCAUCUUUUCAUAAACUAUACCUAAGAUUGACUUACAUAUUUUUUUUUUAAAUGAGAUCAUUGUAAGCAUCAGGAUGCUAGCAAUCUGAACAUCCACUCUCUACAUCAUAUUCUGCAGCUUUAAAUUAACGUAAAAAAAACUAAUGACUAGUGGUAUUAAUCGUAAUCACUGUGAAGGGCCAUAUUUUAAAGCACCCAGGUAUUAUUUAUUGAAGGAAACACCACUGUGUAUAAAUUAGAAAGAUGUUGUGUGGUAUUGAGAUGACUGGGAAGGGUGAGUUUUAAUAUGCCAUUUGUUCCAUUCAACUCUACUGUAUUAUUACUUUGUUAUAGAGUGUUCAUGGUCUCCGUAUAUUUGAAUUAUUUGCAAUAUUGAGCACUACGUCAUAUAAGAGUUAUUGUGCGCAGGUAAUUAGUGCCUAUCUUCAUUUCUCGUAAUGCGCACCAAGUGCGUAAACUUCUGCUCUCGCCAGCUGUUAUUCUUCAAUACAGGAACCUGCUUCCAAUUUUUAUCUGUAUAAUCUUGUAAAGUUGUUCAGUUCACCGAAGAAAGCUUUCUGCCGAUAUGUUCGUUGUGUGUUUUUGUUUUCUUUUGUCAAACUUGUUCAUUUCAUUUACUGCUUACUUCCCUUAUUAUAGAAAAUCUUAGUGUUAUGUUUUAUAAUUUUAAAAAAAUGUUUGCUUCUCAUCGAUUACAAAUAUCGUAAGCUAAGCUUUUUUUAAAUAAAAAAACCAACCAACAUUUUAUUAUCAUUUGCAGGUAAGGAAGACGCGGCGAACAAUUAUGCUAGAGGACAUUAUACAAUUGGGAAGGAAGUGGUCGACCUGGUGCUGGACAGGACGAGAAAGCUGGCUGACCUUUGCACUGGACUUCAGGGUUUUUUUGUAUUUCACAGUUUUGGCGGCGGGACAGGUUCGGGGUUCACGUCGUUGCUCAUGGAGAGACUGUCCGUGGACUACGGCAAGAAAUCCAAAAUUGAAUUCUCCAUUUACCCCGCCCCGCAGAUCUCGACGGCCAUCGUGGAGCCGUACAACUCCAUCUUGGUGACGCACACGACCCUAGAGCACUCGGACUGCUCGUUCCUCGUCGACAACGAGGCCGUGUACGACGUCUGCCGGCGGAAUCUGGACAUCGAACGUCCGACGUACACGAACCUCAACCGCUUGGUGGCGCAGGUCGUGUCGUCCAUCACGGCGUCGCUGCGGUUCGACGGCGCCCUGAAUGUGGACCUCCUGGAGUUCCAGACGAACCUGGUGCCGUACCCGCGGAUCCACUUCCCUCUCGUCAUCAACUCGCCCAUCAUCUCCGCCGAGAAGGCGUACCACGAGCAGCUGAGCGUGGCGGAGAUCACCAACGGCUGCUUCGAGCCCGGGAAUCAGCUGGUCAAGUGCGACCCGAGGCACGGCAAGUACAUGUCCUGCAUCCUGCUGUACCGGGGCGACGUGGUCCCCAAGGACGUCAACGCCGCCAUCGCCACCAUCAAAACGAAGCGGACCAUCCAGUUCGUGGACUGGUGCCCGACGGGCUUCAAGGUGGGCAUCAACUACCAGCCGCCCACCGUCGUACCGGGUGGGGACCUGGCCAAGGUACAGAGAGCCGUGUGCAUGCUGAGCAACACCACGGCGAUAUCGGAGGCCUGGGCACGACUGGAUCACAAAUUCGAUCUGCUGUACGCAAAGAGAGCUUUUGUGCACUGGUGAGUUUGCGAGGAUGGGACGGAUACUAGAAGGCCGAGUGGUUGGGUUGUGAGACUGUUAAGAUACUUGGUUUUGUGUUAUCAAAGGUAAAGUGUUAGAUGAACAUAAUGUUGUAAUGAUUAAAUUAGGGGUUCUCAAACGUCAGUUGAAAGUGAUCCAUUUUGAAGAUGAAGACUGUCGGGGAAAUGGACAGGAUCUUCAAAGACAAAAAAAUAAUGUGUGCCCCUGGCUCUUUCAAAGUUGACCAAUUGUAGAGAGCCACUGGCAAACAAAACCAAUUCCAUCAAGUAUAAUAAACUUGAUAUGAAUUGGAAAUUUUAAACGAAUUGUCGCAGUAGUCAACAAACUUUUUUGAGCGGGGAGCCAUUUUUAUAAAUUAUAACUGCUAAGACAAUAUUAUGAUAGCCGCAGGCGAGUGUGUGUAAUGAGUGUGGGUGGGGGCGGGGUGGGGGUGAUUUAAAAAAAAAUAUAACCACAGAUUAGUAAAAGCUCCACAUCUAUUCCUCCAAAUAACCCGUGCGGCUCUAAAGCCGCGUGUUGCCGACCACUGAAUUGGGGGCUAUGCAUUAUUUUAUGUAACAUAAAAGGAUGGAUUGAUUUUUUUUUUUAAACUUCAACAAAGAAAAAUAUCGGGAGAACUGUAAGACUUCUAGUUUUGUGACAGUAAUUUUACAUUCCACCAUUAGACCACCCAAAGCGAGUUACCGGAAAUUAGUUUGAAAGAAAUUUCGUCGACGGAAAAUUGAUCGACGGAAGUUUGAUCGAAUGGAAAUUUGAUCGAACGAAAGUUUGGUCAAACGAAAAUUUUAUCGAAUUUUGUUUUCACUUCACACGAUCUAAUUUUGCGUCAAAUUUCUUUUUGAACGCAUUAUUUUGUUUUACUAUAUGGUAUAGUGCGUUCAAAAAGAAAUUUGACGAAAAUUAGUGUGAACUGAAAUAAAAAUUCGAUCAAAUUUCCGUUCGACCAAACUUUUGUUCGAUCAAAUUUCCGUUCGACCAAACUUCCGUUGACGAAAUUUCUUUCAAACCAAUUUCCGAUACGCUCAAAGAGACGUGAUUUUUACCUUCCCUGUUUCUGACAACCAACCAGGUAUGUCGGUGAAGGCAUGGAGGAAGGCGAGUUCUCAGAAGCCCGUGAGGACCUGGCGGCCCUGGAGAAGGACUACGAGGAGGUCGGCCUCGACUCUGUGGCGGAAGAAGGCGAAGGAGAGGGUGAAGAGUACUAAGGGAGACACGCCCGCCCCCCAAACCAGAACCCCAUGCUCUGAAAGUCGUGUGGAUCUAGUCCAAUAUUCUUUUUUUAUGGUGUUUUAAAUAAUACUUGACGGAAGAGAAGCGAUAUUGAUUUAAUUGGGACAAACGCUUGGACCCAAUAUUUCUUUAGAGGAGACGGUGUGACUAUAGGGCUAUGUGCGGCGCUUUGAAUGUGGGCGCCGUGCGCGGGCGGUACCGUUACCAGCUGUUAGGCAAUGAGGUACUGUUGCAGGCAAUGUGACAUCUGGAGUUAUUAUGAAGAUAUUGUCAACUUGUACACAGACCAACCAAUGAAAAAAAAAAUGUGACGACGACAUCCUUUCAAUUCUUUCCAAGACAUUUGUGUGUGUGUGUUUUUGGUUAGUUAGGAUUUGACUCUUUGAAUACGUUAAACUUGGG